AUGACUCGCACUCGUCCUCUUAGACUUCUCCAGGGUGCAGCUGUGGCAUUGCUGUCUGCGACCGCACUCGCUCAGGACGAUGCUUUCGACUGUCAUAUCACGCAUGACGGCCUCCAGUAUGACCUGACCACGCUCGCUGGCGUGCACCUGGUCAAGCGCGAUUGGGAAACCCCACCAAGCACCAUGAUUGAAUCCGUCCGGUUCAGCCUGUGUUCAGACCUGGAGCCACUGGAGGACGUCUCUGACAGGGACCAGUGUCCUUCAGGAACACGAGCAUGCCUGACCAAGACCAACCGCAAAAGUGACGAAGACGACCGAAUAAUGUCUGUGAUACAGCUUGCGACGUCAUCUGCGUCCAACGUCCAAUACUCCGCCCUUUCAUCUCCCAAGGGUCUCUCUGUGUCGUUCAGAGGUCCUUCCUAUCCACCCUCAGCGGAUGACGACCCCACGCCUCAAUCGUUCAAUUUGAGAUUGCUGUGUAGCCCAGACAGCUCAGAACCAUCGUUCUACUCGUACGACGGAUCAGAAAUGUGGGUGGAAUGGAGUUCCCCGUCGGGUUGUGGGGGUGCCGGAGAUGGGAGUGGGGAUGAACCAACACCAGAUGGAGAUAUGGAGAAACCAAAAGGCAGUGGAAAGUCUGUCGGUUCGGGUGUUGGCUAUUUCUUCCUGCUGUUGUUCCUGGCGUUAGCCGCCUACUUUGGGCUGGGAGCCUACUACAACUACUCGACGUAUGGGGCGUCCGGCAUGGACCUCAUCCCACAUCGUGACUUCUGGCGAGAAGUGCCCUACAUGCUGAGUGACGUUAUCGCACACUUAUGCUCCGCAGUCCGGCCAAGACAAAGUGCUGGUCGUGGAGGCUACAUUGCUGUAUAG